AAUGAAUUGUGAGGAAAAAACGCCAUAAUUUCUUCGUGCAAAAAGAGAAAAACAUUGAAUAGGGAAAAGUGGGAACAACGAAGAAGAGAGAGUUUCGGUGAGAGACGGUUUCUUCCGCUUAAAUGGUGAAUCCGCCAUUUCAUCUUUGGUUACAAAUUCAUGUUACAAUAACCCGCAUUCUCCUCCCUUGAAUUCUUCUCUGUUGGCGCGCCAUCAAACUAAGUGAUUUCGACGGACUCUUGAUCGGUCUAUAUUUGCGAGAUUUCGGCGGAGCUUCUUACAAGUUGAAGGAUGAGUUCUAGACGACGUCCGUUGCAAACCUGUGGAGUUUCAUUUCUUGCUGUAGCCCACAGCACGUGCUCAAGAGCUCAGAAUCUUGAUGGACGGUUGGGUUCAAUAACAAGAAAAAUGGUUUGGAUUGCCAAGCUUAUGAACCCUUUGAUUUUUCUCCUGAAAUAUCAGAGCUUAUUGGCCCUCUCCUUCAUUGAUGAUCGUUUACUAGCAAUCGCAAACAUUCUAGAGAAAAUUUUUCCUCCAUUCAAACUCAUUUUCGAUAAGAUUGACGAUCUUCUUCAUCUGAUUGAAACUUUUCCAUCAAAAUUUGACGAUGCUGUCGACGAGAUUCCCUGUUUCAACCAAGUUCUUUUACUAGAUUGGACAGUGACCCACGCCAUAUCUUUGCUCAAGUCCAUGAUAACCAUACUAAUGAACUGGGGGAGAGAUGUAGCAAGAGAGAAGGAAAUUUUGGUCGAUAUGAACUACAAGGAGAGUCGUAAUGGAUCUGAAUCAACUGAUAAAUCUGGAUGCUGCUCAGAAGGAAUUGUUUCAUCUAUUUCUGAAACACAACGAGCUUCCAUGGAUGUGAAAAUGAAAUCCAAUCCCAUGAAGGGAAGUUAUAAAGAAAUUCUGAAGAUGGGGAUAAAUGGGGUACUGAAAGAUGAUGAAGAUUACAAAGAGAAUGAAAAGAAGGGAACAAGAGACAAAAUCAACGAUAAAGAAGACUGCAAAAACGACGAGAAUGGCAAUUCUAAAGAAGUGGAGAAGGGAAUAGAAAUGAUGGAAGAUAAAGAGAGUCACAAAAAGGACGAGAAUAAUGAGAUCCAUAAGGCUAAUUUGGAAGAAUCUGUGGACAAAGCAAAAGGAAACGAAGAGAUUCGAGAUGAUCAAAGCCAUAAAAGGAUCAUAAAUAACGAAGAGAAAUCAAAAGAAGAAGAAGGGGUGAUGGAUAAUGAAAGUGAAAAGGGGAACAAUGGAAGCAGAAAGAAUGGCGAGGAUGGGAUAUUGGAAUUGUUUGAGAGUGCUUGGCUCAUGAAACCAACAAUAAAGGGGAAAGGAGACUCGAUGCAACGUUCAUCUUCAUUUUUCUGAACAACUCUCAAGAGUUUGAAGGUUUGCGGUCUUUGCAAUGGUUUUUUUGUGUGUGUAUAUUUUGUACAUAGAAAUCUUGAAUUUAAUGCUGUAUAAGUGGAAUUGUUUUUCUUCUUUUUA